AUGGCAGAGCCUGAUAUGGUACUCAUCUCGGAGCUUCUGGAGGAAGUCUCCCGGAACCCUCCCGCCAUUGCAGCACGUAAACUACUUGUCGAACAUUACUUCACUGUCGGAUGGCUCGACGCGGCCUUGGAUGAGGUUACUGAGCUGGAACAAGUUGCACCGUCGGAUCCCGAGAUUGCACGGUUGGCGGGAAUACUCAGACGGAAACCACAACCAUCCACCCAAAACACACCUGUUACCUCACAGAAGACGCGAGCCAAUCCCGCUGAGCUCAAACCGAACAUGAUGAGAAACAGAACUAGUCAAAAGCCUCCGCAGCUCAAUGAUGAUCUCGACGUCGCAAAGCAGGAUUUGAAAAAGGGGUACACAGCUCUUCGCUCAAAAGCAACAAAUAUACUCGCCAACCUUCGGCGACUAUCCCAUCUUCAGAAGAAUUCGGGAGUCGCACAACGAAUAGAUACGACGAGAAUAGAAGCUGUCAGUCAAGGUGCAGGAACGGAACCGACGGCACAAACGCAGCAGCCUGUCAGCGUCCGAAAAGCUGCUCGCACUAUUGCAGCCGACCCAAACAAAGCGACUGACUUCGUGAUAGCAGACCUUGAAGCUAUUUUACAGCAAGCCCGCGGAUUGUAUCAGACUGCAGACGACGACACAAUUCGAGAUAUGAUGGUCAAGAGGGUCCAAGCAUUGGACUCCAAUCUACCGGAGAACCUCAAGAUACACACCGAACUCGGACUGAUGCAUGUAGUGCACGAAAACAUGAACAAGACAUACGCGAAUGACGAAACGAUGUUGGGCGAUGAAAUUGUAGACAUACCACGCAAAGACUUCUAUGUCACGGAAGAUAAUUAUGCUUGGGAUCUGACGGAGCUUGUCAACGCGAUAAAGGCAAAUGGAGGCGUGAUGCGAAACCCUCUAAGCAGGGGAAUGUUCACACCAAAGGAUGUUCGAGGAAUUCUAAUGCACCCAGACGGGAAAUCACUCGCGGCUCUCCAAAUUCAGCAGCGCGAUAUGGCGAAAGGCGUGCGGAUGGCGACUAUUGACGAGAUGGACAAGUUGGCAGUGAUCUUACUACAAGACCAAAGCUCGGAUCAACUCCCUAGUCGACGAGCAGUUGAUCAAUUCCUAACAUAUAUAGCGACUUUGCCUGAGCAAGAGCAGAAAGCCAUCGAUGGCUUGCGGUGUCCCGCGACAGACUCCCACACUGGAGUUACGUACGACUCCACAAUAGGAGAAUCUGUGAGAGAUGCAAAAGGAAAUCGGAUCUGUUUCCACAAGACAGGUGAUUACAUUCAACAAGCGGCAAACCAUCUGCGGAAGUAUCAAGGCGUCCCUCCAGCCCCGAAAUGUAGCUUGAUGUAA